CUGAGUCGUAAUGCAACAUAUGUCCCUUCCCUGUUGCCAUACUAUAGUUGUCUUUGACAAAGGGCUGCCAUGUCACCUAAGCUGGUGAAAUUUGUGGCAGUCCCUGCGACAGCUAUCUUGGGCAUUGCAUCUUUCCGGGUGCAUUAUGUCACGAGAGAACCAAAUGUUGAAGGACUACUGACACCACACCAGCUGUCCAUCUAUACACCACUGCCACAGAAGUUUCAGUAUGUGGCGGAACAACAGGGUGCUCUCCAGAGUCACCUUGGCAUAGCCAGGGAAUGGCUGCAGUCGUAUGUGCGAGCUGUCAAGGGUUCUUUACUGUCAGCAAAAGUUAGAACCGUGAAUCUGUACCAUGCCGGAGAAGAUGUCUACCACUACCUUAAGGAUCCUCCUCCAGGGUUCCUGCCCAGAGUGGGGGUCAUCUCAGGGGCAGGUUUGACUGGCCUGAUCCUGGCCAGGAGAGGCUCUCGCCUCAGGAGGCUGCUGCUACCACUGGGCUUGGCAUCUCUCGGCGCUGGCAUCUGCUACCCGGCCCCGACGCUGGCACUCCUCAAGGUGACCGGACGGCAGGCCUGGGCAGCGUCGCAGUGGAGCAUGUCGUCCGUGAGCUCGCUGUGGAGAAGUGAGCCGUCAGAGCACCACCCUGCACCUCCACCCCCCUCCUCAUCACCUCCUCCUCCAGCACCUGCACCAGCAGCCCCCACUACCCACUCGAAGCCCUCGCAGUCCCGCGUCCCGAAGCCCUCUGUGCCCCGCGAGAGCCCUCCGCCUGACCUCGCCGCAGAGGACACCACCCUCCCAUCCUCCCCCGCCGCCCCGCAGGACUCUGGGAAGGGACCCGCCGUACCCACGUCCAGGCCUGAGCAACCCCUGCCCCUGCCCCUGCUCCUGCCCCUGGUACCACCUCCCCCGCUCACUGCCCCGGCCGAGAGCACUAGGCCUGCUGGGAAGCCAGGCUUCACCGCCGAUCCCCAGCUCAUGGACUUCGGCCAGUCAAACCCAGAGGAUGCUGACCUCUACAGUACACGCGGCUGAACAUGAUCCUAUAUGAACACGACCCCAUAUGAACACACACACACACACACACACACACACACACACACACACACACACACACACACACACACACACACACAGGCUUCGUCUGCCUUCAUCCUACUACAGGACAAACACGCACACAGUCAUACUGACACAGAUAGGCCAUGUUUGCUAGUGCCAUACUACAUACACCCUGGACACACACACACAGCUACAAAAGUAAACUGACUCAUUCCACCACAUAGCAGUCCAACACACACACACACCCCAAUGCAGACACACAUAUUAGGUGCUUCAUCUUUAAAUGGGAGAAAAUCUAUGUCCAAAUUAAAAUGGCCUCUUAGGUUGCGCUUGGCAAUCAAUACAGCUCAUUUAAGGCUAUGCACCCUAAGAUGGGAGAUAAUCAUUGCUUUAAAUACUAAGCCAUAAAGUUUUAUAGUGUAAUUUAAUCACAUUAUGCUUAUGAAUGUAAGUAUGUGUAAUUUAAACUUGUGGGUAAUGAAGGUAUCAUUUUGAGACCACAGGAAGUACAGUCGUGUGCAUUGUGAAAUCAAUGUUCUGUUACAGUCUGUUUUUUUUUUUCUUUUUUAAAAAAAAGAAAGAAAAAAAACACGCACAUAAUGAGAAUUGCACUAAAAUGAGCUCUUACAGGUGCAUUCAUAUCACCAAAUGGACCUGGGUUAAUGUUUUUGUUAAUGUUUUUCUUGAUGUUGAUUGGCUUCACACUGCGUGUAGAUGCGAAGAUGAGUUUUAUUUACCUUCCAGAAAGUGCUUUCAGGCUUCUCCAGUGUGUGUGAGAGAGUUUUAAAUAAAGUAUAUUUCUGAUAAAUAUA